AUGUUUGAAAUGCGCUACGUCUAUUUGUUUGCAAUUUGUAUUAAGUUUGUUUCAAGCUCCGAACUAGGAAAAAUCAACAAUCUGCUGCAAGGAAGAUUGAUAUACACAGAUAAUUCCGUUGCGACAAAUGUAUUAGAAUCCAAAUUUCCAUUCUUGAAAUCAACAUGUGUUAAAGACGCACUAAAAUUAUUUUUGCCACAAUGUAUUGCAAAUGGACUUGAAUCCAUUGACGCUGAAACAAGGGUAGAAACGGCCAUUAAACUUUCAAUAUGCGAGUUUCAGGCAUCUGGCUUGGGCGAAAUACCAGAAAAUUGCAUGGUUGACGACCUAGGAUCAAUGAUGGAUUGUAUGUUUGAACUAGAAUCAUCUUCACAGUGGUGGACAACUUAUAGUGGAAAUUAUCAGCGACUAUCGAGUAUUUGUUAUGAAAAUCUUCUUCCUUUUGAAAAAGAACAGAUACUGAAACUUUUUCUAAAUAUCACUGAACUUUAUGAUUCAUUUGGGGAUGAUGUCGAUACUAAGUUAAAUCAUCUGAUGUUUCAAAUGGAGCAAGAUUCUCAAAAUUUUUUGGACGAUCUGGCCAGGAUGUUCCGCAACUAUGACAAUGAACUGCGAAAUGCGACCGAAAGCAAUCGAAUAAUCUUAGAAAACGACCUCUCAUUUUUUAGAAAUAAAGUGAAUGAUGUACUCUAUGAAACUUCCGAACAACUAGAGGUCCAAAUCAUAGAGAAGAACAGUCAACUAAUGAAUGAAGUUGAUACCGUCCAUCAUAUUAUGAGCGAUCUAGCCGAUGAGCUUGCUAAAAAUGACAUAAAAUCUAAGAUAAAUGACUUGAAGGACGACAGCCUGAAUAAUUUACAGGACCUAGUGGAAAUGUCCAACGACGUAAAAGAAUAUUACUCUAGAAAUAACAAGUUAGUUAAUACCGAGUUGGAAAACUUCUCGAUGGGUUUAAAAAAACAGUUAGGAGGCAUGUCAAAGGAUCUUUCUGAAUCACAAAUGGAAGCUAUAGAGCUCUUGCAAGGGUUCAAUUCCAUCCUUCAUGAUUCAUUGUUACCAUCCAUGACGGAUGAGAUAGUACCUGAGAUGACGAACUUCAAAAAUACCUUACUACAAGAAUGGACAGCUAUAACAUCUACACUAAAUGGAGAUUUUGCUUUAUGGAAUGAGGAGAUUUUUUCAACUUUUAAUGAUAUUUCAGAGAAACUGAAUGGCACAAAAAAAAAAUUAGACGACAUUGAAAUCAGAGUCUCACUUGUCCAUAAAAAUGUCAUGACAAUGAUGAGGGUAUUGGAUUUUAUGUGGAAAACUAGUAAAAUGAUUAUAAGAUGUGGGUACCUUGCAGUCAAGAAUAAAUACUACUGGUUACUGUGCUCCGUUGUGUGGAUUUGGUCAAAAUACCGUACGUCUCGAGUAAACGUCAAAAUGAUUCCUAUUAAACGCUAUUACCAAUGGGCAGCUCUUCUACUUUCAAUUUAUCUAGGAGCUAAGACUGGCUCAUUGAUUGAUUUUUAA